AUGAGCUUGCACGCCGCCCGCGGCGGGCGGCACGAGGAUCUGAGCUGGAGCGUCAUGGGGCGGCGGGCACCCCGUGACGUGACAUUCGGUGAUCGAGAAGGAGGAGGCAGGAUGAGGAGGGCGCAGCAGGGGCAGCAGGGGGCGGUGCGGGUGGAUGAGGCGUCGUCCGCGUCCACCUUCCGUGAGCUCGACGAGGCCUUCCUGCAGACACAAACAAAAAUCUGGCUUGGAGAAGUUCUUCAUGUUAGGUUUGAUGAAGACACUUUAGUUGCUGAUCUUCUUGCUGACGGAGAAUUACUGUUUCAAGUUUCCAAGAUAAUAUGGAAAAGGUUACUGAAAAAGAACAGAGAACAAUUGAAACAAUCAAAAGUUUAUAUUUUUGAGAGACUAUCCUUCAGUAGGAGCAGUGGAAAAUACAUGCCCUAUUCAAAAGUUGACUCCUUUCUAAAGAUAUGUCAAAUCCUUGGGCUAGCUGGAAUUGAUCUGUUUACCCCUUCUGAUGUGGUCGAAAAAAGAAAUGUUCGGAAAGUCUGUAUGUGCAUACGAUCGGUGUCUAAAAAGUCUCACAUCAUGCACCUAAAUGUGCCUGAUUUUGAUAUAGUCACCUACACAAUAUCCAUGCCAAACUAUGUUGUUGGAGGUAUUUGUAGAAGUCUGGAGCAGCCACAAUACAGCUCAUCCAGUUCAAGUGGAUACAGUCCACGUGCCGGUUCUAAAGCACUACAGCAGCAGAUAAUAUUUGGAGGGCAGAACGACCAGCACGAGGACACACAUUAUGACUCUGAUGAAGCAGAAAGCAAACUCUCUCUUCUAGAACCUGAGGACUCAGUUGAUGAAGAUAAUUUUGCAGCCGUGCUUUCACAAUUUAGAGAUGCCCCCAACGAAGAAAGUGAAGGCUAUGGACAAAGUGGACAUGACAAGCAUGAAGAAAAAUCUCUAGCUGAAUCAGUGGGAUCACUUAACAUUGGCAUUAUUGAUUCUGAGUUCAUGGAUUCAAGUCCUCUAAUUCAUAAUAAAGAAUCAUGUUCUACUCAUUCUGCAACUGAUCAAUGUUCAAGGACUAGAAUGGCUAAAUGUUCAUUAAGUUCAGAAGAGUCAGAUUCCACAAGCAGUCAUUUGGCGUUUGACAGUGGCAAUAAUUAUUUGGAGUUGAACAAUCAUUCUGACACAGAUUCGGAAAGGAUUUACGAUGGACAUGCCAAGUCUCUAGAUCAUUAUAUUCAGGGAAAUGGGGAUACAUUAGCUGAUCAUCCAAAAAAAGAGGAAGCUGACCUCCAAAAGGAGACUGGCACCAUAGUUCAACAUUGUGAUGCCCUUGCUUGUGAUAGGGAGUCUGUGUGUUCAAGUUGUGAAGAACCGAGAUAUGGAUUAAAUGGAGAGCCAUCAGACUUGAGCUCAGAAUCAUACUCAGGACUGACCCCAACACAUAAUACAGGCGGCAAAUUGCCGAUGGUUUCCGAACAUCCAGUGAAUAAUAUAGAGCCAAAUAUGACUAGGGUGACAAGUGAUAGCACGUACCGGGAGCUGAAUCCUGAAGUCAGCACUAGGAAUGAAAUGGACGGUUCCGAAUCCACUGAUAAACCAGUGGAAUCAGAAGAUAUAGCUCAGGAUAGCAUCACUCGAAGGCCUGAAGAUGAUGUCCCAAAAUCAGGGAAAGGGGUUCUGAAGUCAGUUGUUGGAGGAAUUACCCUUGUUGGCGCAGUGUUCUUCAUGAUCCAUCUCAGAAGAAGCAAGGAGAGAAGCUUUGCGACAGUUAUACCAUCUCUUUCAGAAAAAUCAGUUCGGAGCAACUCAAGGGCCAAGAACAUGGACAAAGAAAAUGUCCCUGAUGUGUACCCCGGGGGAUGGCUGAAGGUUUAA